AUGGAUUAUAAGUCAGUGGAUGAGUACAAUUCGGUCUUGUUUAAGACGGUCUCCAUGCUGAGACUUUGUGGUGAAGUAGUAACCGAAGAAGAGUUACUCGAGAAAACAUUCUCUACGUUUCAUUCCUCAAACAUAAUUCUGCAGCAGCAGUACCGAAUGAAAGCUCCAUUACCAGAGGCCAAUGAAAUUGAAAAGAAAAAUCCCAACGAGUGCAAUUACAUCCAGAAUGAUAAGAGAUCACACGGCAAAGGCCGUGGUGGAUACAGGAACCGUGACAAUUACUCGAACGGCCGAGAUAGGUACUUGGCCGGCCGGAAAGGAAACCACAAUAACCGUGGUCGUGGUUCCAAUCCCGGCCGUGGCCGAGGCGGUUAUGGCCGAGGCCGAGGCGAAAGUCUUAAGGACAAGAACCCGGAGGCUCAUAUGGUCCAUGAUUCCGGAUAUGAGGCUGAUAAAGAAUCCAAUGUUGCAAAUGACGACCUGAUGGAUUUUGAGACUUCUGAUUGUCUCAAAGACUAA